GAUGCACUGGGCCAGGAGAGCCCAUUGCUGUAAGCACCCACCCGUGCUAAGGGCUGCGGUACAAGGGGCUGCACACACAAUGGCCAUGCUGGAGGGGGUGGGGGGCCUGGCCCUGCGAAACCUCUACUGCUGUCCAGAGAUUGGAUAGAAGGCGGGGAGCUGAGCUCAAUCCCCUGCCCUGCCCUGCCACUGCCCCCUCAAUGACCUUGGUCAUGUCCCCCAGUCUCUCUAGGCUUUAUUCCCCACAGCCCGCAUCCUGCUGCUUUCCCUGAGCUGAGCAGCCCCAAGGGCCUUCACCCCGGUGUUGUGCUUCCGCUCCCCACGUCCCCUUCUCCCUUGCAGGUGGCAUGGAGACCCCCCUGGAGAAAGCCCUGGCCACCCUGGUCCUCACCUUCCACAAGUACUCGGGGAAAGAGGGCAACAAGUUCACCUUGAGCCGGGGGGAGCUGAAGGCACUGGUGAAGAACGAGCUGGGGCUGGGCCAGAAAAUGAAGGAGCGCAACAUCAACGAGCUGAUGAAGACUCUGGACAAGAACAGCGACGAUGAGAUCGACUUCAAGGAGUACUCGGCCUUCUUGUCCGCCCUGUGCAUGGCCUACAACGACUUCUUCCAGCAGGACGGCAAGUAGCGGAGCCCCCUGGGCCCGGCGCCUUUGGCCCGGGCUGCAGCGCAGCUGCCUUCAAUAAAGAGCUUUCCGCUUGUCGCUCGCCUGAGGUUGUUUUUUCCACUCUGGUCCCUUUCCAGCCUGGUUCUGGCUCCGAGCCAUGGGGAGGGACACGGAGAAAACCCCCAUGCAGGGGAGGGGCAGAUAGGGCAAGUGGUGAUGCCCCUGCCCUGUGAUGCUCAGGCUACAUGAGAUGAUGCAU